AUAGCGACGGGGAGGCGUAAUGUGGCUGUGGCAGCGGAGGCUCGGCAGCGUCCUGGGUGCCUGGCUCUGCGCGUCUGUCGCUCUGGUGAACGGAGCAGCGGCAGUGCCCCAAGGUAUCGCAGCGCGGCUUAAACUUUCAGUCUAAAACUGGCGAAUCCUGGCCGAGCUGCAGCACUCUCGCCAGGAGGAGCUGCAAACUUGGGCGGUAGGGGACGGUCCGCAGCCACCCUCGUUGCGGACUGGCGUAUUCCCAUGGUACACAGGUUUGAGAAGAGCAACGAUUUGUCUCCUUCACCACCCUGUCCAUAUGCAACAUUUAUUUCAUGGCCGUAGAAAUUCAUUUUGGCCAUGACCGGAUGUAUUUUGUUAUCUCAAUAUGACCGCGUCCCGGCUCUAUCUUCAGAUAAUUGCUUAAAAAGCCAAUUUGUAAACCAAAGAGAUAACAAGGUGUAGAGCUGGAUGAACACAGCAGGCCAAGCAGCAUCGGAGGAGCGGGAAAGCUGACGUUUCGGGCCUAGACCCUUCUUCAGAAAUCCGCCAUGUACAAGGCAGAAGUCAGGAGCGUGCUCGAAUACUCUCCAUUUUCCUGGAUGGGUGUAUCUCCAACAACAUUCAAGAAGCUUAAUACCGUCCAGAACAAAGCAGCCCACUUGAUUGGGACCAUAUCCACUGCCUCAACACCGAUACUCAGUAGCAGCAGUGUAUGUGAACUACGCAAUGUACGCAUGGUUACGGGGAUAGGGUGGCCCAUUCUGGCGGAUUCCAAUGACUUAAAUACUAUGCUUACUAUCCACCCCAUACCCCUUGCGUAACUUACAAUCUAGAUACUUUUCAGUGGCUUAGGAAUGAAGUACACAGGAACGUUUCAAUAUAUGUUAACUUGGGGAUGUGGGACACUGAAUGAAAAUUAGAGUGAAAAGCCGAAAGUACCUUUCAGGAGUUUCAACACCAUUUUCUUGCCAAAACCAUGGGGCUGGCUAUUCAGCAAUUUGGAAUGCAUGAUGCAGUACAAUAGGCAAGUGUCAAUAGCAAAGGUAAAUUAGAGGCAUCAUUACUUAACAGAAAGAUACAGGAUAUUUCUAGCAUGUAGUUGAGGGUCAAAGAAAUGGUUUCAUUGAGUGGUGUAGAAGAGUAUGUCAGGAACGGUACUAAGUAUAACUGAAAAAUGAAGUGCCACUCACGUGAAAAUAUAACUGGUUUCCACGCAUGCCAGUGGAAGCAGAAAGCUACGUUGGAAAUUCAACAGCCCUGAUGAAAACAAAACUCACAUCAAAGUUCAAAGCACUGCAUCCCCCAGCAAGGGAGGCCCACAACUGCGAAAUGAUAAAUGAUAAAUGAAGAUGAAGUAUACUAUGAAAGUGGAGAGAAGGAUUUUUGUUAUGCAUUUUCCCAAAAGCCUAACUUCAUGGAUUCUUGGUCAACAGUCAAGGUGAAUGUAAAGAGUUCCGACUUAAUGGAGCUUACCUAUCCUUCAGAAGAAAGUUAUUCUCAUGAACCAGACACACUGAAAGACUACAUUAAACAUUAUUACUAUCAAGUUAUAUCAUCUUCAAAUUCACCAGCUACUGAAUUCGUCAUAAAUAUUGAAUGCUGUGAUUGUAAAACCUGUUUCAAAGUAAAGCCAAAGUUGCCUGUUACAAUAUACACCGUUACAGUAAAAAGGCAGCAAUUCGAACCAAAGCUGAUUUUUUGGUUUGUGGCUGGAAUAAUUCUGUUCGUUUAUGCAACAUCCAUUAGCAGGAAUGAAUUAUUUAAUUAUUGUGCAGGAUUUACUCUGGGAAUCUUUGCACCAGUAGUUCUCCUCCUCCUCAUCUGUAAAAGAAUAAUUCAAAGAAGAAUUUCCUUGUUGCUGCUGAUUGCAAGUUUUUCAACCUCUGCAUUUCUGAUUUAUUUGUGUCUUAAAAAUCAAUCUCAAUACAGGAAGUAUUUAUAUGCUUACUUUUUUGUGGUUAGUUGCCUUAGUUAUGUUAUUUGUAAAAGGCACAGGCCAUUAUCAGAUGAACACAGUAUAAAACUGCUCACCUGGACCCUACAGUUUGUAGCAUCAGUGUUGAUAUACUGUGGUGUUGCAUUCAGUCAGUGUGCCUAUACUGUCAUCAUAAUUCUGUUCUGUGGAAGCAACCUUCACCACCCAAUUAAUUUGAUCCGCUACAUUUACAGAAAAAUUAAACGAUUAUUCAAGAAGCAACAAGCUCGCUUCCUCACUGAAGAAGAGUACAAGGAACAAAGUGAAGUGGCAACUAUAAAGGCACUUGAGGAACUCCGUAGAUACUGCAAGAGUCAGGAUUUUCCUACAUGGGAAAUUGUUUCUAAAGUCAGUUCACCAAAAAGACUUGCAGACUUCAUCCUAGGAGCUUAUCAUAUUACAUCAGAGGAAAUGCAGAACCAUGAGCAACACUACGGAAUUGGAGGUUCAUUUUUGGAAGCCCAACUCUUUGUCGGGGAAGAAAAUAAUCUUUCAGCCUCUGAGAACGGGGAACUGGCCACUGCAGAUGGACGUGAAGUUGCUGUGAUAAUGAAUUGAUCUUGCUUCACUGACAUCUAAUUAAUAUUUUCGACUGUUAUUAUGAAUAGAAACUGGAUAAUAUCACAAAAUUGAAAGCUUGCAAUGUCUGAGUACUAUCAUUACUGACUCUGAUAACGCUGACAAUCGAAUGCACAGAGACCAAGGAACCUGUGAUUGUGCUACUUAAAUGAUUACAGAGAGCACAUUGAGUUUGUAUUUUUUAAGGAAAAGUUUACACUGAAUAGGUAUAGUUCAGCUUGAGUAGUCUUUGACUACACCAAUGGACCAUAUCAUUAUUGAAAGACUUUUGGUUGAAGUUGAGGCAAUGAGGCCCAUCUAUACCUCAAGCACCAAAAUGACAACAUCUGAACUGGAUGGCUUCAGAGGAAGAGAUUGUGGUCUUUCGACAGUGACUGCUAGAUUCCUUCCCCGAGUGAGAAUUUCUGUCUUUGAAAAUGGAAGAUAAAGAAACAAGGAAAGCCAGGCAUCUAAUGUUCUUAUUAUUAACAUUCAGGCAGUUAAUUGUAGGGCUGCAUAGAUGGCUUGGUUAUAAUCAGCAGUUCAGACCAUCUUGCCCUCAAUUUAGGUAACAAGCAGCUCCACAUGAUAAAUAUAGAAAACAAGUUCUGUGGAACCGGUGCAAACUGGAGGUUAGGUUAAUUGUGAUAUGUGUUGUAUUCUGCUUAAAUCAUUGUAUUACAAAUGUAGUUUCCUUGUCCAGGAUAAACAUUUUUUUUAAAUUGUGGAAGCAAAGGUGAUUAGAUGAAUAUGUGAGAUAAUUAUUGUGUUUAAACAUGCAAUAUUAAUCAUGCAACUGACUUCAGUAUGCAAAUUUUAACAAAACGGAUUUCAGUUGAGCUGUAUUGUGUAAUUUCGUUUGAUACUACAUCCAACUCAGGUUUAAAAAAGGGCUGCUUUUAUCUGAAGAUUUACAUGAAAGUUAAUUUGAAAUGGGAUUUAUUCUAAGUCACAAUGAUCAUUUUAUUCCGUGCCAAGUAACAAAUGGUAUUGAAUGACCUGUGAAAAAUUGAAUUAGCAUUAUUUUAUGUAAAUGUACUUGCUUCUAUGUCGACAGGCAGAAUUUGCUUUCAAGUUUUAUUCAUUGCCGGGGACAAGCACUUUGCCUGAUGAUGACUGGAAGCCUGCAGUGGAGUAUCGUGGAUACAAAAGCCAUUUUGUGAUUGUGCAGA